AUGGUCGGCGACGACGCGCUCGUGGAUUACCCGCACCCUCGUCACGCGUGCGCGGUGUUCAAGUUCGCGGAGACGACGCACGCGACGCACUGCCCGAACUGCUGGUGCUACUGCUGCGACAAGAAGGCGCCGUGCCCGGACUGGGCCACGCACUGCGACGCGAAGAGCGGCGUCGCGCGAUGGGACCAGAUGCGCCACCGCAUCCAGCUGGCUGCCGCGAGAGCGCCCGCGGGAGCGACCGCCGGCGCCGGCGCCGGACCCGGCGCGCCCGCGCCGCGGCCCGGCUUCCCCCCCGCGCCGCGGCCCCUCUGGAGGGAACCUCUGCUGGACGCCGCGGAGGCGCGAGCCGCGGCGCUGCUGCUGGACGCCGCGGAGGAGCGCGCGUCGGCGGCGACGGCGUACCUCACGCAGCGCCCGCCGGAGACGCAGCCGAUGCCGGACCCGUCCACGCUGCCUUCUCUGAAGCUCCUCGGGACGCUGAACAUCCCGAUGGUGCUCGCGAACGGGAAGACCGCGCGCGACGUGGACGAUAAGCUCGCGAUGUACCGCCACGGGAUUCGGUUCAGGGACAGGUACACCAUGAACACGUUCGACGAGGAGCGGACGUCGCAGGCGAAGAACAAGCCGCUGAACCUGUACAACUUGUUCACGAAGACGUCGGACAAGAAGGUCGCGACGUUGGGGCACAUGUUCAGGCCGGGGGAGCCGCCCGCGCGCGAGAUGGUGCCGCUCAGGGUGAUCGUGAUCGACUGCAGCGGCGAACGCGCGCCCGUGGACGUCGCGAUCGACGUGAGACGCGCGCGCGACGUCGCAGCGGACGUCGUCGACGCGAUUCGAAAAAAGUGCGGCGUCUCAGACGCGGAGAAGGUGAUCCUCGCCGCGUGCGAGUACUUGUCCCCGGAGGCGCGCAAACCGGACGAUACCACGCGCCUCGAGCGCGGCGACGGACGUGUGCGCAACGGCAGCUCGAAGGUGGUCGCGAUGUACACGUCGUACGCGAAAGACGGCGACGCGAGCGCGCGGCGAACUCGCACGGACGCGGCGCCCGCCGACGGCGCGGCGUUUCGCGACGCCGCCCGGCGGGAGAGGUUCGAGAACACGCCCGUGCACUACGUCCGCGGGUUCCUGCGCGAGUACCCCGACGACGACAUCUACCCGAACAGCGCGGAGUCGCUCUCGUCAUCGCUCUCGACGUCGCGGAGCUGCAUCGCGAAAAGGUUCCACGACCCGAAGCGCGGCAAGAUUAUGGACGCGCUCGUGGCGUACAGGCUGCCCGCGGACGCGAGCGACGAAGUCGUGAUCGUGUACCCUGCGGUGCACGACGACUUCGACAAGGUGAAGAAGGACGCGCAGGAGGCCAAAAAGCGAAAGGUGGACGCGAAGAAGAAGAUCAAGGAGAAGGCGCAGAAGCGCAAGGAUGACAUGAGCGCGCAGCGAAGGAAGAUUUUCGAACGCGCCGGCAUGGCGUACUACAGCGAGUCCGAGGAUGAGUUUUACGAGAGCGACCACGGCGAGGACGACGACUUCGACAGGGUGUUCGGCUUGAGGGAGCACUCCGAGAACGAGGAGAAAGCGGCGAACCUCGUGAUCGCGAAAGAGACGGUCUACACCGCGCUCAGGGCGUGCUCGGUGCCGCUCAUCGUCCCCUACUACGCGGACUUGUUCGCGAGUGCCCCCGCGGCGCCGCGGAAGGCUACCGCCAAGAUGGCGCCACCGGAGUUCCUCGCCUCGCACCAGUAUGCUGGAGCAAAACCCGGAUACACGUACAAGCAUCAUGAACCUCGCGGACGGGGGUAUUACCGCGACGACAUCGCCGCCGCCCUCGAAGCCGCCGCCCUCGCCGCGCUUCCGAAAGUCGGCGGCGACAAGGCUGCGAGCGCGAUCUCGAAACUCGUGAAGAAGAUCCUGUCGCGCGGGUGCGUCGUCUCGGGCGGCGACGGCGUCGCGCUCGUGACGUCGCCGCCGAGCGGGAGCGCGAGCGGCGGCGGGAAGCCCAAAGCGGGGACGAAGAGAAAGUCCUCCUCCGGCGGCGGCGGGUUCGAAUCCGCCGCCGCGGAAACGCGCGACGAUGGCGACCUCCCCGACCCGGUGCUGAUGCACGCGUGCUUUGAUUACAACUCGCCGUUCCAAAACGUCGACUGCGAGACGCUGUUGGACAUCAAGGAAGGGAAGCCGCACGAGGACUCGUACGCGAAGUGGCCCAGGUCGCGAAAGUCCGGGGGGUACACGUACGGUAACAGCGCGUUCGUCGACAGCGGGUUUACCACGCACGCCGUCACCGCGGCGUUUGACUUUGGCGCGCUGUCCGAGGCGGCGAAGUCCGCGUUCUCGCGCGUGAACGGGAUCAUACCCGGCGGGGCGGUGACCGACCCCAGCGCGGCGGAGGACACGAAGAACCUCGCGGCGCUGUACAAAGCGCAGCACGCGGAGCAGCUCGCGGAGCUUCGGAGCGAGAAGAUUCUCACGGAGCUGAAGAGAGCGCAGCAGACGAUGUACGAGGAAACCAACUCGGGGGGCGUCCGGUACGGCCCGGGGGGCGCCGCGGCGAAGAAGUGGCGCCUGACGCAGCCGCUCGCGCGCCUCACGCUCGCGGUGAAGUCCGACGACGACCGACGCGCCGGGUCGUCCGCGACGCUCGAGGUGAAGAUCUACGUCAAGGACCCGGAGGCGGAACCGACGCCGGAGGACCACCGCGCGUUUUCGUGCCGGAGUUUCGUGUCGUCCAGCCAAAACGCCUGUGAUCUGUCGACCAUGUUCUGCAACGAGCGGAGCUCGUCGUACUCGCGGUACGGCGGCGUGUCGCCCGACGGGGCGUCCGGGGCGGUCAUGUACGAGUCCCUCGUCGCGAUGCUGUGGAACGACGACAUGGCGCGGCGGCAGGAGCGGCUGGCGCGCGCGGAAGCCGCGAGCGCGGAUUCGAAAAUCCGCUCGAUCCCGGACUUCAUGCGGCACCUCGAGAUGAGCGAGAUCGACCCGGACACGCAGCCGCCCGGGUUGACCGUGGAGCUGCGGCCGUACCAGCUCCAGUCGCUGCACCGCAUGCGCGAGCUCGAGGCUGCGCCGGGGGGGCUGCGCGACGUGCUGUGGACGAGGAUUCCGUCGCUGAACGGCGCGUGGUUCUCCCCCGCCGCGCGCGUGGUCUUACCCCGCAACCGCGUCCCCGCGAUGGCGAAGGGCGGGUUCCUGUGCGAAGAGAUGGGCCUCGGGAAGACCGUCGAGGUCCUCGCGCUCGUGCUCGGGUCCCCCGCGCCCGCGGGGUGGAUCGCGAACGGGGACCCGAAGAACUCCACCUGCAGUUCUCCUUCCGAGCAUGUGGACGGCUUGCUCGGUCUGUAUCCCGCGAUGGAACUUCGCCCGG